AUGAGGUUCAGCUCAGGCUGCGGUUGGCAGCUCACGGAGCUCCUCGAGGCACGGCCCGGGGUGAUGGUGGCGCGGCUGCUGCCGGUGCCGUGCACCGGCCAGGCUGCGGGGGCUGGAGCGCAGUGUCCACGUGUGCGCUUCCUCUGGGAGCCUGUGGAACUCAGAGGGCUGAGUGAGGGCCGUGCUCCCAGUGUGACAGGAGCUGCCAUGCGGUGUUCCAUCAGGUUCUGCUGUAUAACCUCGGUGGGCAUUGGAUUCCUGUGGCUCUUCCGCACCCUGACAGCCCCCCAGGAAAUUGAAGAGGACCAGAGCAUGAUGGCCACCAAAGCCCAAGAAAAAACUUACAGGAGAGAGAGGGAUCUGGAGCCACCAAUAGACUGGCAGAACCUCACCUUCAAAUAUUUGGAAAAACUCCAGCAGAGAAGAAAGACCUGGCUGACGGUGGGCAUCUCCUCGAGGUCCUGGCUGGACCGCAGCAGCCUCUUGUCCACGCUGCUGUCCCUGUUCCGAGCCACCUCGAAGGCGGAGCAGAAGCACCUCACGGUGCUGGUCCACCUGGCGGACCUGGACCUCCCUGAGCUCAGAGAGACAGUCUUCCACCUUUCAAGCCUCUUCAGCCCCCAGCUCCUGGCGGGGCAGCUGCUGCUGAUCCACGCACCACCUGAUGCCUACCCCGCGGAGGCGAGCAUCAGGGGCCCGGCCUGGCACCCAGACAGUGUGUUCUCCAGGCAGAACUUGGAGCACGCCUACCUCGUGAGCUCCGCUGCCAGGCUCUCGGAAUACUUCCUGCUGCUGGAGGACAACGCCUUCUGUGCCCCCAGCUUCCUCAGCCACAUUCAGUGGAAGGUGGACACCAUGAAGUCUGAGCCCUGGGUGCUCCUGGAAUUCUCCAACAUGGGCUUCCUGGGCAAACUCUUCCACAGCAGGGACCUCCCGGUCCUGGCCCACUUCCUCCUCCUCUUCUACACAGAGAAGCCCCUCGACAGACUCAUCCCUCAUUUCCGCACCCUCCUGGCCCAGAAGGACCCCAUCCUCUGCCGCCCUUUCCUCUUCUACCAGAGGAACUCCUUCCAGGCCUCUAACGACAGCUGGAAGGCCUCCGAUGCGCAGAGGAAGAGCCCCCGUGGUCCCCACAACCCCCCGGGAGCCGUUUUCACCGACAUGAAGGUUUUUGAUGUGCACUUCCCCUGGGAGGCCUACACGCUGGACGAGUCCUUCUUUUGGACCCACGGAGUCAGGGCAGGAAACCACCUGACGGUCAUUCUGAACCAAUCGGCCAACCUGAGACGCGUGCAGGUGCUGACCGGCACCAUCGUGGACGGGACCCAUGCCCUGGAGAAGGGGCAGGUGGAGCUGGGCUAUGACCCCGAGGGGGUGCCCCAGCACUGCACCAGCUUCGCCCUGCUGGGCCGGCUCUGGGAAGGGCAGCUGGAUCAGGAGAUAUGGCCGAGGAGCAUGGGGUACGAUGUGAGCUGUGUGAGGCUGAUGGUCAACACCGAUCAGGUUGGCAGUCUCAUAAUCAGGCACAUUUACCUCUGGGAGGAACAUGCCGGGGACAUAGAAGCAGCUUGGGGUGAGGAUAAUUCAGUGACUGUGAAACAUUAA